UGUAUAAAUAACAUAAUUAAAUAGAUGUAGAAAAAAUGUCAUUUUAUUAUAUAAUUUAUUUAUUGUUGCAUAGAUCUAUACUAUGCAUUUGUUUUAAUUAAUAUACGCAAAUACCAUAUGAAAAAGAAUGCAACGCGAAGCAAAAAAAAUCUCAGCUAAGAGAAAUGAAUUGGAUGAUGAACAUGUUAAGUCCAGAAAUAAAAUUUUAGAAGCUUUGAAACAGGUACAAAAUUAUGAUACAAGUCAAAACUCUUAUGAUUCUGAUCGUACUUAUUUUAGUGUCACACAUACAGAUGAAGAAAUAUGUUCUCCUGUAUUAGAAGACUUAUUGAUAGAGUUAAAUAUAUCAAGACUGGAGAAACAAUUGCGUGCAGAAAAGAAUGAUUUAUUUCACUCAAUUUGCUCUUACUGUAGAAAUAUUUUUGAAAUACCAAAGAAUUUGAUGAAAUCAGUGGAUAAUACAACACUUAGUCCAUUGACAAAAUGCAAAGCAGAUUUAAGUUUUCUUCAAGCUAUAGUUUGGUUGAAAUCGGUUGCAAUAAGGAUGCGUGAAAUUCCUGUUGAAGAAUAUAACAUGAUAUUUAAUGUAUCUACGAAAGUUCAUAAGCAUAAUGUACAAUCUUUAUCACAUAUGAAUGGUAUUCAUUUACUUAUUUAUACUAUUUUAUCUUCUUUUUAUGUUUUUUUUUCUGUUUUAAUUUUAAAAAGUAGAAUUAUUCAAAAUAAAAAGAACAAAAAUAUUAUAGAUUUAUCCCUUUCUAAGUUGCAAGAAAAUUAUAAGAAAAAAAUGAUCUGCACUAGUCCUAUUCUUUCCAAUAAAGAAUUUAAUAAUAUGGAUUCAUUAAGUUUUAAGUCUUCUAAGCCAUGCUACAAUUUCAAUGGACAUGAUUCAAAAGAAUUGUACAAGGAAAAAGAAAAUUGUACAAAUAGAAAUAAUAUAGAAGAUCAGUUAGAUCCUUUAACUCCUCAAAGGUGGAAUAACUUAUACACAAUAAAUGAAUGUGUACCUGAAAAUCUGAUCAUUCCAGAGUCGGAUGAAGAAUUAACAAUACAUUCAGAGAAUUUGGACAAUAUAUAUGAAGAACAUUUUAUUACACCAGAUUUAAUUAGUUUAAGAAAUGAUUCUUUAAAUUAUGAUGAAAGUAAUAUUUCUGAAAAACACGAUAGUGCAUAUGAUACUUUAAAUAUUGAUCAAGAUUCCAUUGUUUUUUCUAAUAGUAUUAAUGAAAAAAUACAUAACAAAUGUUUACAAAAAAAACGGAAAUUAGAAAUAGAAGAUAUAUCGAGAAAAAGGUCAAAGUAUACGAAAGGAAAUAUUUCGACUGGAUGGGUAAACUUUACUCUUAGAACAUUGGAAACAAAUGAUAUUGUCAUGAAAUCAAUACAAAUAAUUUUAAGGGUUUUUAAAAAUGAGAAUAUUGUUAAAGAAUAUUUAAAACGAAAAUAUUGGAUUGAUACAUUAGAAAAGGAAGCUUUAGAUGCAAUAUUAAAUUUCUCAAAUAUUUUUAGAUUAGAGAUGAAAUCUGAUAUAUGUGGUCGUGUAGUUUUAGAAACCAUAGAAGAUAUAUUAGAAGAAAUAUAUCAAGUUACAAAUUUUAAUAAGACAACAUUACAAAUAUAUCAUAUAUCUAUCAUUUUGGAAUUUUGUAAUUCUCCAUAUAUUUGUAAUGAAAUCAUUGAUUUUCUUAUCAAAAAAUUAGAUGAUGUUCAAAUUACUCUAAAGAAUAUAUUUAAGAAAAAAUUACAUGGCAUUCAUAAUGUAAUUAAUAUAGUACAUCUUAUUUUAUAUGCUUUAAGUAUUUGUUUGCAAAAAUAUACAAUUAUCAUUCAUAAUAACAAAAGUAAUACUGAACACGAUAUUAUACCAUCAGUAACAAAUCUUUGGCUCAAGCAAUGGAAUAUAGAUCAAGUCUUUGAUGAGAAGACAAAAGAACAGAAAAACAUAGAAAAAUGGGCAAAUAGUUUAGAAACUUUUACAAUGACUUAUAUAGAUGAUAUUCCAUUAUUAGCAGAAAAAUCACGACAAUUAUAUCUCAUGUUGGUUACAUAAUAUAUAUAUAUAUAUAUAUAUAU